GAGACAUGAUGAAAGAGCAGACACAGACAAAAUCUUCCUGUUUAACCGAAUCCAAAAAACUAGAGGAAAAUGAUGAGGAUUCCGAGGGGUUAGACUGGGAUCCUGAAGAUCUUGCUCACAUACCUGAGCCUCCUAAUGGUGGAUGGGGAUGGAUAAUCGUACUAGCAUCCUUCCUCUGCAAUAUGGUUGUAGAUGGGGUUUCGUAUUCCUUUGGAAUAUUCCUCAUGGACUUUGUGAGUUACUACGGUGCUCCAAAAGGCAAAACAGCCUGGAUCGGUUCACUUCUGUCAGGAGGGUAUCUUAGUUCAGGUGUUUUCGUAAGUGGCUUAACAAACCGAUUUGGCUGUCGGCCUGUCACCAUUGCUGGAAGCCUGAUAGCAUGCUUAGCUUUUCUACUGAGUACAGUGGCCCCUAGUGUUGACGUGCUGAUGUUCACCUAUGGCUUCAUGGGAGGUAUCGGGUUUGGCCUUAUCUACCUUCCUGCCAUAGUUAGUGUCAGUAUAUACUUCUCCACUAAGAGGGGCGUGGCUACGGGAAUCGCCGUAUGUGGCUCAGGGAUGGGAGCCUUUGUAUUUCCCCCUGUAUGUCAGAAAUUGCUCGAAACUUACAACUGGAAGGGAGCAGUCCUCAUUCUAGCAGGCCUAUCAUUAAACUGUGUUGUUUUUGGCGCCCUAAUGCGACCUCUAGGGCCUCCUCCUCCUCGUAAUGUUAAACCGCUGUUGCAAAGGAUUGCUGAAGAUAAAGAACGCCAGAGGUCAACUUCUUUGUACAACAGUCAAUACAUUUUAGUGCAGCGUCAAGAUGGUACUUUUGAAAAGUUUCCAUUACACCACCGAGAGAUCCGUGAAGAUUUUUCCAAGAUGAACAUGAACAAUGAGCCUGGAGUACAGUCCAACCUUUAUCUGGACGAUGUCUCCACUUACUACCCAGAGCCUCCACUGUCCACUCUCUCACCCAUUGAAGAGGCCAGAAAGUCCCCUUCAAGCUCUAAAGAAGAUGACAGUGAAACCAAAACAACCACUACCGGUAAAACGUCUUCAGAUACCACUGAACAACGAUCACGUAGCUUGAAUGACCUGUCCACACAACUCCUUUCCGAUGAGAAUCUCAUAACUGUAGCUGAUUCUAAAGCUGUUGACGAUGAUACUCUCAAUCAAAAUGAACAAUAUGAGGCAGGCUGUCCCAAGAAUGAGAAAGUAAUAAAGACAGACAUUUUACCUUCGGCUUUGGUCAACCAAAUUGCUAAAGAAAAGGGAGUAGGUCUUGGUGAUAACACGGCAAAUCUAUGUCUUAGCAAUCUUGCUGUAAACAACGACAAUUUAAAUAGACGGCGUUCCUCCGUCAGAUUUGCAAGUGGCUCCCUCUAUCCGGCUAAAAGUCACAGUGAAAUGUUAGAUGGUAUGAUAAAACGAUUAAGAGGUGGGCAUGUAACUACCAGCGGUAGUAGAAGGGCAUCUUUAAAGCCUCAGUCUUACGUGGUCACAUCAGGAAGUAGCCGAAGGUCAUCACUGAGAAGCCGUAGGUCGUCAGUUAGGUAUGACCGACGGGAACUAGCACGCCCUCUAUACAGAAAAGACGUUUUCUACAGUGGAAGCAUUGCCCAUCUGUCUCAGUACAUUAAUUCUCAAAGGGAUGUCCGCUCCUUUGUCGCCAGUGUGACAUCCAUCCCUCGCAAAAGCAGCAUGGUGGAUACUGUGCCUAGUUUCAUUGAAGGGAAGACUGGAGGAUCUUGCACUUGGUUCCAUCUUCCAAGCAGCUUUACUAGCGUCAUAAGGGAAGUGUUAGAUUUUUCACUAUUAAAGAAUCCCAUUUUCUUCGUGUUAUGUUUGUCCAACGUCUUCGGUAUGAUGGGGUUUUACAUCCCAUUUGUCUAUAUCACAGAUAGCUCUGUAGUUAAGGGCAUUUCUCGGGAAAAAGCAGCUUUCCUGCUCUCAAUCAUUGGAAUCAUGAAUACUUUGGGAAGGCUUAUCUUUGGAUGGAUAGCUGACCGUCCGAGAGUGAGUGCGCUUUUCGUAAACAACAUAUGUCUGACGCUAGGGGGCAUCAGUGUUUUCAUCGUCCCAUUCUGUCCAUCUUAUAUAACAGUCGUGGCUUCCUCAGUAUGCUUUGGACUUUUCAUCUGUAAGUACCUGUUGUUUAUUUGUUAUAAUGCUAUGGUAUGUAAAAGAAAUCAAACAAUCUUUAUUUACGUACGAAUAAUGAUUUUUUAUGUUUCUAUUUCCUCAGGAUCGCUGUACGACUUUACUGGCAGCUAUGAUAUACCGUUCUUCGUUGCUGGAUCUUUACUCACAUUUUCUGCCAUCUUAACGUUUUCAAUACCGCUUGUAUCUCGUUGGAUGUUGCGUCCCCAUAUCCAAGAAACAGGACCCGAACAUCCCCCUGCCUCACCUGCAUCACCCCCGGUUCUCCGAGACAAAGACGUGAUGGUCAUCGUAUAGGCAUAUAAUUAUAUAUAUAUGGUGAUUCAAGCACUAUGAAACCUUCAUGUUUUAUAAGUAUCAAGUAACGAUCCUCACCUGAACUAACAAGCUAAGCGCUGUAAGGGUGGAUUCUUAUCAUUAGAGGAUCGUGUUUUAACUGUAUGUUAAAAAAGUAUUAUUUUUACCGGCAUGUUUUUACAAAAGUUGUUUGAGAUGCAACUCGUAAGUUAAAGUGGAGGGUUGCAGGCUACUGUUGGUUAUUUCCUUUUUUAAAUAAUGUAUGUAAAAAGAAACUCAUUAUUUUUCUACACACAAAGAUGUUGACUGGAAGACACUUUUAACAUAAAAGAUUUCAAAAGAUUUCCUAUUGACAGUCGGACUACUUUUCCAAAUAACUGACUACGGAAAAUUACUCAAGUAUCAGAAGACGCAACUAAUUAGUAUAAACACUGAGAGAAAUAUUUACAGUACAGUAUAAACACUGACACAGAAAUAAUUACAGUAUGGUAUAAACAUUGACACAGAAAUAAUUACACUAUAGUGUAAACACAGACACAGACAUAAUUACAGUAUGGUAUAAACACUGACACAGAAAUAAUUACAGUAUGGUAUAAACAGACACAGAAAUAAUUACAGUACAGUAUAAACACUGACAGAAAUAAUUACAGUACAGUAUAAACAGACACAGAAAUAAUUACAGUAUGGUAUAAACAGACACAAAAAUAAUUACAGUAUGGUAUAAACAGACACAGAAAUAAUUACAGUACAGUAUAAACACUGACACAGAAAUAAUUACACUAUAGUGUAAACAGACACAGAAAUAAUUACAGUACAGUAUAAACAGACA